AUGCGGUGGUGUCUAUUGGGGUUAUUGCUCCUCUGUCUUCACUGGAGCCAGACAUUCGCGGCCCCAGCGGAGUAUAGCUACCGUGAUGUCAACAAUGUCGCACUUCUAGAUGCCAGAGAUGACACAGAAACCACUACAACCGCGUCCGAAAGUAGUACGUCUAGUCAAACGACUGCAACAGCAACAUCUACCACAACUAAUACCGCCUCAACAACCACCUCAUCUACUUCCACAACUCACACGACUUCACAAACCACCCAGGCUACCCAAUCAACUCAAUCGAGCCAGACCACAUCUGUUCCAUCACUGGGCACAUCUUCAGGUUCAGGUUCAGGUGACGGAUCAAACACAAACUCAACGAAAGGGACCUAUACCGGUGGGUUGCCGAUUCAGCCGAGAAUCACACCGGCGUUGGGUGUUGGAGGAUUUCUGCUUCUUGCAGCUGGUGCGGUCCUGGCCUUUGUUGGAAUCCGCAAGCCAAGAAUCUCGAUAUUUUUAUCUACGGGGAUAUUAGCCGCGCUUGGUGUCACAGUCUUGAUUGAAUAUGUGAUGAGCCCGCCGGUGAGCGAUGCAGUUCAGGGUGGAUACCUGGUCGCUAUAUUCUUCACAGGUGCUAUAUUCGGUGGUCUAGCUCUCGUUUUCAAAGAGAUCACCGAAGGUCUCUGUUGUCUUCUAGGCGGAUUCUGCAUUGGCAUGUGGUUCUUGACGGUCAAAGCUGGCGGUCUGGUCACGGGCGACGGAACCAAAAUAGGAUUCAUCCUGGCCUUUACUGGAGGCUUCUAUUGUCUCUCGUUCAGCCACUAUACCCGCUCAUAUGGGUCCAUCCUGUGCACUGCCUUCGGUGGUGCGACUACACUGGUUAUUGGUAUCGACUGCUAUAGUAGAGCUGGAUUGAAAGAGUUCUGGCUUUACAUCUGGGGGCUGAAUGACAACAUAUUCCCCUUGGACACCAACACCUACCCAAUCACACGAAACAUCCGCGUUGAGCUGGCGAUCAUAAUUAUUGUCACUGCUUUCGGUGUUGUCUAUCAGCUCAGAUUGUGGAAAGUGAUUCAGGAACGUCGCGCGAAAGAAGAGAUAGCCCGCCAGGAAGCUGACAGGGCAAAGGAAGAGGCUGAAGCCGAAAAUGGUCGCCAGGUCGAAGAGAAGAAUCUCAGAGAGCGAGCGGAGUGGGAAAAACUAUACGGCAAUGGCAGCGAGACAAAAGAACCAUCUCUGUCUGACACAGCCGUUGCCGACGAUUCGCGACGCAGCUCAGACGCGUGUGGGUCUUCAGUUCGUGAAAAGGAUAAUUCAAUUGAGAUGACAGAGAUGACUGGUGCGGAUCAAUCUGGCCGAGUAUCUGAAAACGGAAAUCAUCUCGAGGCGGUCGAAGAGGGUGAGCCAGAGACUUUAGCCGAGGGACAAGACGGUCAGGAGGGCCAUGAGCUUCCCGAGGACCAAGGAGAAAAUCUAGAGGAUGGCCAAGAAGCUCCGGCAACUCCUGUCUUGAAGAACCUGCACAUUGAGACCAACAUACAUCCCGACAAUAGCUCUGAGCAUGGGGCGGUUUUGGGAUCAGAAUUCGGCACACCACGCUCAUCCAAACGCUUCUCUAGCAGAUCCCUGAUGAACAGGAUGUCAUGGCGCAGCGGACAUACAAUGAAGCAACUCCCGCAUAAUGAAUCCGAGGAGGGCUUGAUAGCCGAUGCAUCAUCUUCUGUUGCUGGAAUCAUUGAUGACGUCCAAAGUAUCACAUCUGAGGCACCAAGCCUUGCAGAGACCGAGGUGACGGCCGUUAGGAAACCUGAAGUUCCUUCUGGCGAAGAACUCUCGCGUGAGAAUAUUGUCUCUGAGGAUAAGAUUGACUCUGAUGAGACCAAAAUCCUGGAUACCAGCACAGAUAUUGUUGAAACAGCUGUUCAGGGAGAGAACGCUCCGGAUAUUGCCACAAAACAUAAGGCUGUGCAGGAGAAUGGCGCCCCUCAAGAGAAUGCCGAAUCUGCAACGCGCGAGCAGGCAGCACCCGUUGAAUUGAAGAGCCAAGCUGAGCCCGAACCCGCCAAGUCGGACCCCGUUGUGACUCAGCACUCAAAUUCUCCAAAUACUUCAAAUCCUGCAGCUCCAGAGCCAGCCCAACCAAAGACAGCAGAACCAAAGGCAGCGGAACCGAAGGCACCAGAGCCAGCAGAGCUUGAACCCCAACAGGAGACCUCGGCAGUGAAAGCUGAGGAAAUCAAGGAAGCUGCUGUUGCAGAAUGCAAACCGGAUGCCCCAGUUCAGCAUGAAGAGAAGGUGAAGCAAGAAACCGUCAAUCCGCCCAACGAUACUGCUCCGGUUCCACCAGUAGUGCUGGUCUCACAAAAGAAGGCAGCCAAAAAGCCAGUCAAGAAACCAGCCAAGAAGCCCAAGUUAGAUGCCUCAACUGUGCAGAACAUCCCGGAGCAAACCUCGAGGGUUGUUAAUUCAUUCCGUACCAGGGAAUGGGCAAAGCAUCUUGCCAAUGCAGAUGAGCCAGAUUUUGAGCCGAUUCAAUUUGAGACCGAGCCAGAAGAUCCUACUGCGUCCGAAGAAACAGCAGCCCCAGUCGACAUGCACAGCCUGCUACAAACCCCUCACACUGCGAUGCCUCCUCCAGCGGUCGCAAGGGCAGUUUCAAGUCCAGAUCAGACUUACUAUCAAUCUCCUACGCCAUUGGUAUCUCCCGAUAUGUCCCAACCCAAAGCCAGGCAGAGCAUUCAACAUACUGGAGGCCCCAACUCCCCAGGUGUCUACCGGAACGUAUCUUCAGGCUCUUCAGGCCCACGGGAAUUCAAUGACACACACGUGGUGCGUAACAGCGUGUCGACUCCAUUCUUGACCAUCACCACAACAAAUACACCCGAAGAACCCGCAGAUGCUCCCAAGUGGAACGGACCUCCACCCCUUCUGGCCGUACGGGAGAAUAUGAUUCAAAAUCGAAUGUCUUCAACAUCUCUCCGUUAUGACCCAUGGGGACCCCGAAACCAAUCUCGCCAGUCUCUGGGAGAGCCCACCCGAGUCAUGUCACCGACAUUGCCGAUUGCCGAAGCCGACGAGGUUUUCGAAGAGCCAGCACCUCGCAACGAGGAUGACAUUCCCCUUUCUAAACGACGCGCCCUGUUGCAGCGCCAAACUAUGCGAUCGCCAUCUGGAAACAGCACACAAAGUCUUGAACAGAUUCGGUCCCCCAUCUCCCCUUCACCUUCUGCUGAUCCAGCCAGAUCUGAGGCUGUCAUGUCUGCAUGGCGACAGUCUGUGCGGGAGGACCUCUCACAGCGACGUGAUCCCCUGGCUAUCAGAUCACCCACCCCUGGGCCUACAAGCCCCGUUAGCCCCGACCGUUCUCGCAAUACAUGGGGAUCUGUGCAGCAAAUGCGUGACGCCUCUUCGAACCAUAUUGGCAACGUCAUUGCCGAUGGGAUGCAAAAAGGAAACAUGACAGAUCUCCACCGCCAGGCUAUGCGGCGAAUGCAAGCUUCUACGAAGAUGAAAUGA